AUCAGUGAUAGCCAGGUCAAGAGAGCCUGAAACAGUUUGUCGCUGUAUGUGAAAAGGUGAUUAGUUCAAAAUGAGGAUUAUAACUUUUUGUUUUGGUAUCCUUUGCUUGCUGUGCCCAAUCUCCGGAGAAGAGAGAGAGCUGUUUGCUGUCAAUCAGGAAGUAAAAUUUGCUUGGUCCGCAAAAAUUAGAGUCGGUUCUAACUUUCCGGAGGAGACCUUGUCAGAAUGGAACAUAAAUGCAAACUUGAUCGUUCAAAAAACAACAGAUGCAACAAUACUGCAGCUUUCAGAUAUAAAGUCAGAAGAUGAGUUCUCUGUGGACAUUUCCCGCCUACUGCUCCCAUUCCGAGCUGUGUACAAGGGAGGUACGCUAGUGAGUCUCGAGACGACCAAUGAUGAUGUCGAGUGGUCCAUCAACAUUAAACGAGCUUUGGCAAGUUUACUGCAACUCGACAUCAACGGAAUAUUUGGCAGCGUUUCAGCUUUUAUAUCUAGUGAGUCUGGUCUCUACGGUACUUGCAGAGUGGAAUAUAUUGUAAGUCCUGUGGGAAAUAAUGUCCACCAUAUCCGGAAGAUCUUGGACCUCGUCUCUUGUAAGAACAGCCCAAGCACAUUUUGGUCAAGCAGUCCAAAAUUGCUUUGUCCAAGCAGCUACCAGACAGAGGUGCUCCCUCAUGCGGAGAGAGCCUACUUUGUUGACAAAGACGCUCCUUUCCUCAUAAAAAAUAUAACGUCAAAAGCUGCAAUUGUGCUGGAGCCAUACCAAUCAAGAGCAGAGGCACAUACUUCAAUAGUUAACCAGACUCUGCUUGUGGAGUCAGUUGGCCCAAUAGCGAAAGAGCUGUCAUUCCCUGGGGCGAUGAACGUCACCGACCUUUUCUACAGGGAGAUUGUACUCGAUGCGACAUAUGGACUACCACCUUCCAACAAGACUAUUGUUCUGUCAGAGAUCAGUACGAUGCUGGAAGACCUCAGCAACAGUUUGUGGUGGGAGGUCGGGUCCCGGGGACUCAACAAUGAGACAGUGUUCAGUCUGAUCAACCUGAUGUGGUGGCUGGAGUUGGAAGACUGGGAGCAACUCUACCACAAAGUCACUUUAGGUACCAGCUACCAACAGGAGACCAUGCAGCAUCUGUUCUGGGAGUUGGUACCCGUGGUUGGUUCACCACAGUCAGUUUUGUUCAUCCGAGAUUUGGUCAAGUCGGAACGGAUCCGAGGUUUGCUGGCCGGACGACUUCUCGUCAACUUUCCUUUCUACCAACGAAAACCCACUGAGGACCUACUGACCCAAUGUGAGGAGUUUUUGCAUUGGAGCUAUCCAAUCGGAAAGGACGUCAGACAUUCUGCAAUUCUCACUUUUGCCAACCUUCUCCAUAAAGUUUGCAACUUGGGGUGCAAAUCCGAUACUAUUGACAGAUACGCCAAGUUCUACCUGGACAGACUUACAGAGAGCACAGAGUACGAGGAGCGCAUGCUGUAUCUGCAGGGACUGUCUAACAUUGAGCUAAAACAGAGUCUAGACUAUCUGGCUCCGAUCAUCACAGGCCAGACGACCACAGAUCAUCACAUACAGUUCCUGUCUACCUGGGCUGUCAUCAAUACUGUCUACACGUAUCCCAACAAGAUCUUUGAACUGUUCUGGCCAGUUUUGUGCAACCGGUCGCAGACUCUGGAGGUGAGAGUUGCGGCUCUCACGAUGCUCGUUCUCUCCAAACCGGCACCGGACCGAUUCAUCAGUUUGUUCUGGUACAUGCAGACCGAGCCUAGCCUUCAACUGUACAACUUCUUCUAUACAACUGUCAAGUCUCUAGCUUCAACCACCUACCCCUGCUACUCUCAACUAGGUAUAAUUUCGUCCCAACUUACAAGAUAUGUUCCAAAGAAAACAACAAUUUGGGCAACAGGAAACUAUCUUCUAGACUAUGAGGACAAGGAGCGAGGGUUCGGUGGAGUUUUGCAGCUUUUGUCCAUCGGUAGUGAACGGACAGGGCUGCCUAAUGUUUUCAUAUUUAUGACUGAGCAGCAUUCAUUGGGCGUCACCACUUCAUAUGCGCUGUACAUCAAAGCAGAAGGCGUUGGAGAAGGGAUCAAGCGUCAGCUGCACAACAUGACAGCUCACGCCAACAUCAACUUUGCCAAGAUUGCUCAGCUGUUGAAGACACUCAAGGCUCCAAUCAAAGAACAGGAGGAGAUUCAUUUGGAGUUCAUCUUCAAGGUGGAUGGCAGAACUAUUAUAACCCAGUACUUGAAUAGCUCUUCAUUCAACAAUAUAACUACAGUUGUCCGAAAGCUGAGCUCCGUCUACUUCGAGUUCAGUGUGAACUAUCAACGCCUCAUGUUUCCACUGUUCCUGACGCAGAGUCUUCCCACGGAUGUUGGUACGCCGUCGCUCAUACAAAUCCGCAGUGGCACGUUGGUGUCUGCACGCGGCAGUGUCAGUCAAGACGAUGAGGGUAGAGCUCGUAAUGCUGAGCUAGACUUGAGAUACUCCUGGAACGGCAUCACAGGUCUUCAGUUGUACAACCCACUAAACAACAAGUGGUACGGUGGCAAACGCAGCCGCAGUUUACAUAUCAAGCUGCCCUUCGCAGUCCAGCUGCAAAUGGAUGUACUCAAGGAGUUUUACAAGAUAAAAACCAUUCAGCAUAGAGACUAUAUGGCUGGCUCUCGUCUCGGAGUUGUCUGGCACGCUGUCACCAACAUAAUCCCUCACGAUCCGAAGAGAGAAUCAUCACAUCCCGUCAAAGAAGAAUGGACGAUGGACUCGGAAGACCUUGGAGCCAGACUUGGAGCAAGUGUUUUCAACUGUCCCGGCAAGUCAACAAUAAGAGAUGCACUACAUCUGCUGAAAAAAGCUUUCUUGACCAAAGAGAAAAACUACCAGAUGGUGCCGGGAGGAGUUGUUCUACUGGGUUUGUUCUCACUCAAGGAACACUUGGCUUUCCAGCCUCCAGGCAGCAGAUGUGGUCUUAUGUUGUCAUUCACACCUUUGUUGUCUCAGGUGGAGCCAGUGCUGACUUUGGAGAAGAAGCAGUUACGUCUUCAGAUGUCCCGGAAGGACGGAGUGUUGUGGGAGAUACAGGCAGGCUUCAGACAGAUCUCCAACGGCAAACGGGAGUUGACGUUCAAGUUGUACCACACUCCAAGCGUGCGCGACACCGUCAGCAACAUCUGGAGAGUCAUACAGCUGGAGGGAGCGUUUGUACUACCCUCGGGGAGAGCCAACGUGUUCAACCCUCCUGCGCCCGUGUCAGGCUACACGUUUAUCUCAUGGGGCGACUCGUCUCCGACUCACGCAGACAAGGCCGCAGUGGUGGAUGUGAAGGUAGUCGCAGCUCACAGUGAGAACCAGAAUUUGACCUGUGAUGACCUCUCACCUACCUGUCUACAGUCUGUGAUGGAGCUAGCGACGCAGCAGGUCGCCACCACACAGUAUGUCAACCUGCCAGGAUGGUUGAUAACUGCCGCCCACGCUCUGUUUCCUGAACAUGUGCAAAUGGAGAGUUCCUCGACCAAGAUUGACUUUAGUUUCCCAGCGGCUUUGCCAUCAUGGAGUACAAAAGGUCUUUGUGCCGUCAACAGCCAAUCAGUUCUCACUCUGGACAAUACAACGAGCUACGACUUGUCUCUGACUGGCUGCUUCACUGUCAUGGUGGCCGAUUGUUCGCAAGACACUACGUUUGCUGUUCUCGUCAAGAAAGUGGUGAAUCAACAUCUGGCUGUGAAAAUAUAUGUUGGGAGUGAUGUCAUCGAACUUCUGCCCACUACUGAAGAAACAAUAGAUGUGUUUGUCAAUGAGAACAUCAAACUGAACCCUAUAACUGAGGACUAUGAGCAUGGAGCCUCUAACACCACCAAACCUUUCUUUAGCAUCUCGGUGAAGCAAGGAGGCCAGGUGGAUGUGGAGUUACACAACGGGGUUGUCGUCCAACAUUACACAAAGACCAUCGUGGCGCUGGUACCAGGACUGUUCCGAGGAUACACUUGUGGUCUGUGCGGAAACUUCAACAGUGAUAUCAACAAUGAACCAAUCAUGUAUUACACUCAGUGUUAGACUGCAGACGACGCAAAUGGAUCAUCUUUGACAGUGAUACCAAUCAAGAGGUGACAGAAAGAGUCGGGGCCAAAGACGUUCCCCUAGGACAGAGUAGAAUUAGUAAAGGCUGGUUUCCAUAGCUGCCGAAUACUGCUAUGUUGUGAAUGUCGUGCUAAUUUUCUAGUGCCUGCGUUUUUUUGGCAAGGUCAUUUUCCUAUAAGUGCAAUAUUUAAUUGCAAAGUGGGUUCACGCGACAGUUUUUAGUAGUCGAAUGUCUAUAGUUUGUCCCAUGCGUUAUAAAUGGAUAAAAUAUAAUACAUCCACUACUUAAAGUAUAAUAUAAUGUCUCAUAAUCACUAUGUACACAAAUUAUAUUGCUCCCGACUAUAUACACCAUAUUCUACAUAACCCAGUGUCUUUUCAACAUUUGAAUAUACAUUAAGAGAAUCAGACUUCUACGAUGAGGCAGCGAUUGCUGCUUUUUUCCAAUGUUUUUCCUCCACAUUCUCCAAGAACUUGGCAGCUUUAUCGGAGAGAGGUGGUUUGAAAUAUGGAUGUGCAGUAAAUGGUAAUUUAUCUUAACCCUUUGGGUGCUAGAAAUUGAUUUUGGUACUUUCCGAAAAGUGCCAGAAUUUUUUUACUAGUUAUGUCUGAAGAGUGCCAGGCUUUCCGUGGGGGCAAAGCGUAGUGCGCAAGAAUAAAAAUCGGUAAAAGUAUAAAAUUCCAUCCCAAAAGUGCCAUGGAACGAUAUAUCGUGCCUCGAUCGUAUGAAAAAUCGAUUGAAAUCAUCGUUGUUUUAUAAUAACAACCGAGUCAACCGAUAUACCCAUUAAAACUCACAUGAUCGGAAGUCGCGCCGGCCCGAUAUAUCGUUGCAAUGUAUUCUUCGGUAAGACUACCGACGAUGAUAUAUCGUUGUGAAGUAUUUUUCAGAUGUGUUGUGCAAAACGAUAUAUCGUUGCGUUGGCACUCAAAGGGUUAAGUCAUAUCCCACAACUAAUUUCAUUAAUUUUUUAUCCUUGGAUAAAGAAAAUUAAGUUUGCUUUAAUAUGCUGAAUUACAAUAAGCCUAUUUCAAAACGGUCUCAAUUUAAAGUGUAAUUUACUGAAUAUA